UCCGGUGGACUCCGGUGUUUCGUGCCCAAGUCGGAGAGUGUCGGCCGACAGAGGCGCAGGAGUACAGCGCACAGUCCCAGUGUCAGACACGUCCCCGGCAGUCAGCAGGAGACAGCAUGGUGUACCACCCUGAGUUUGAGAAGGCAGGCCAGCAGCCUGGCCUUCAGGUAUGGAGGAUCGAGAAGUUUGACCUUGUGGCUGUGCCAGAGAAUCUCCAAGGAUCGUUCUACACCGGCGACGCCUACGUGGUCCUCAACACCAUCAAACAGCGUUCUGGUAGCCUGCAGUACGACCUCCACUUCUGGUUGGGUGACUUCUGCACUCAGGAUGAAAGUGGCUCUGCUGCCAUAUUUACAGUCCAGUUGGAUGACCACCUGGGUGGAAAACCCAUCCAGUUCAGGGAGGUCCAGGGUCAUGAGUCUAAAACCUUCCUGGGCUACUUUAAGAAAGGUCUGCAGUACAUGAAAGGUGGAGUUGCCUCAGGGUUCAAGCACGUCGUAACCAAUGAGGUGGUGAUGCAGCGUGUGCUGCAGGUCAAAGGUCGGCGUGUUGUCAGGGCAACAGAGGUACCUGUCACCUGGGAUAGCUUUAAUCAAGGAGACUGCUUCAUCCUGGACCUGGGUAAUGAGAUCUAUCAAUGGUGUGGAUCCAAAAGCAACCGCUUUGAGAAACUGAAAGCUACUCAGCUGGCCAAGGGCAUCCGUGAUAACGAGCGUAGUGGACGCGCCCGGCUGUACGUGUGUGACGAGGGCGUGGAGCGAGACAAGAUGCUUGAGGUUCUUGGAGAAAAGCCAGACCUACCAGAGGGAGCUGAUGAUGACCUCAAAGCAGAUGCUUCAAAUAGGCAGCUGGCUAAACUGUACAAGGUUUCCGACGCCAGUGGGACCAUGAGCAUGGCCCUGGUGGCAGACGAGAACCCCUUUUCCCAGAGCACGCUGGAGUCCACCGACUGCUUCAUUCUGGACCACGGCUCAAACGGCAAGAUUUUCGUAUGGAAAGGAAAGGAUGCCAACGUCGAGGAACGGAAGGCAGCCAUGAAGGCGGCGGAUGAGUUCAUUAAGAAGAUGGGUUACCCCAAGCACACCCAAGUGCAGAUCCUGCCUGAGAUGGGGGAGACCCCACUGUUCAAGCAGUUCUUCAAGAAUUGGCGCGACGUGGACCAGACGGAGGGCCUGGGUGUGGCCUACGUCUCCAACCACAUUGCCAAGAUCGAGAAGGUGCCGUUCGACGCCUCCACCCUGCACGAUUCACCCGCCAUGGCUGCGCAGCACGGCAUGAUCGACAACGGCCGUGGCGAGAAGCAGAUCUGGCGUAUUGAGGGCUCAGACAAGGUUCCUGUUGAUCCUGCCACCUAUGGCCAGUUCUAUGGUGGAGACAGCUACAUAAUCCUUUACAACUACACCCACGGAGGCAGACAAGGACACAUCAUCUACAUUUGGCAAGGUCUUGACUCCACACCGGAUGAAACCGGAGCGUCUGCUAUCCUGGCAGUGCAGCUGGAUGACGAGCUGGGAGGAGGUCCCGUGCAGGUGGCUGGCGCUCCCAUCACCACUCAGGUGCGUGUGGUGCAGGGUAAGGAGCCAGCACACCUGAUGAGCCUGUUUGAUGGGAAGCCCAUGGUGGUGUAUAAGGGAGGUACAUCCAGAGAGGGGGGCCAGACCGAGCCCGCACAGACUCGCCUGUUUCAAGUGCGCUCCAACUCGGCCGGCGGCACCCGGGCUGUGGAGGUUGAUGUAGCGUCUUCUAACUUGAACUCCAAUGAUGCCUUCAUCCUGGUGACCCCAGCAGGCUCCUACCUGUGGGUGGGUACAGGGGCCAGCGACCCAGAAAAGACGGGGGCCCGGGAGCUGUGCGCCCUCCUCGGAGUGACUGCUUCCGAGAUCCCAGAGGGAGGGGAGACUGGGGACUUCUGGGGGGCUCUGGGAGGAAAGGCCGAGUACCGCACCUCUGCGAGGCUGAAGGAUAAGUUAGACACCCACCCACCAAGACUCUUCGGCUGCUCCAACAAAACCGGACGCUUCAUUAUUGAGGAAGUACCUGGAGAGAUGGUUCAAGAGGAUCUGGCUACAGAUGAUGUUAUGAUCCUGGAUACCUGGGAUCAGGUGUUUGUCUGGAUCGGUAAUGAGGCACAGGAGGAGGAGAAGAGCGAAGCAAUGGCUUCAGCUGCCCGCUACAUCGAGACGGACCCAGCCAAGCGAGACCCCCGCACGCCCAUCGUGAAGGUCAAGCAGGGCUCCGAGCCACCCACUUUCACUGGCUGGUUCCUGGGCUGGGACCAUGACUACUGGAGCAGUGAUCCCCUCGAGCGCGCCAUGGCCGAGCUCGAGCUGUGAGCUGUCGCCUGGCCUUCCCUGACCUUUUAACCCAACUGCCUUAGUUGACCCUUGGUGGAAGUCGCCCUUUUUCACUGACCAACGUGUUUCCAUACGAGUGGCGGAGAGCCACUGAUGGAUCAAUGCAAAAAGGCUACUUCUAUCCAAAGAGCAUUGCUGCCCUGGUCUGUAGUGCCCUGUCAAGUCAGGCCAAGCAACGCAACCUCGCUGCACUUUUGUUACUGCGAUGUUUAAGUGUUCAUUUCUUGCUUUUGCUAGAAUUUUAUUUGAAGCUGUGUACCAAACAUGCAAAAAGGUUUUGCAUUGUUUUUAUCUGGAGUCAGAUUCACAACGCCUCUCCUUUCAGGAACACCAUUUUUGGACCAAGGGGUUUUUGUUUUUUUACUUUGUCAUGAAGGUCAGUAACAUGUGGCCAAUAUGAUCCUAGCCAUGUUCUCCUGUUAUGAGUUUAUGAAUACAGACCAUGACCUAGAUUUGUUAAAGCCACAACCAGGAACCAACAAAACAUGAAAUUAGCUUCAAUAGCUUCCUAAUAUCCCCAGGUACUUGGAGGCAAAGCAAAACGCAUUAAAUGUGCCUGCCAGCGUAAAGCACACCUUGUGUCAGCUCGUAAGUGUGGGGGGCAGGUUGAGCUCUGAGAAGUUUGCUGGAGUUCAGGUCAGCCUGUGCUUUGCACUGGGAAGCCAGACGUCCCCGUUAUUUAAACAACUCUUGACAAUCAGAUACAGGAGCCAGGGCAACGGCAAGGGACACAUGUCCCAGAGAACUGAGGGGGAGUUGGGGAUAAUCAGGGAGUCAGCCUGGAUGGAGGCAAUAAGUGUCAUGUUUCUAGUAGUCUGUUUGUUGUACUGAAACUAGCUCCUCUGAGGUGACUCCUAACAGUGGCUUUAAUGAAAAGGGGCUGCCUUGUUCCUCUUGCAUGUUCCCAUUUUAGUGAAUUUCUUUGUAUGUAUGAUCUGAUUUUUUUUAAACAUGAACAUUUUAAGGGCUUCUACUAGCAGCACUAGCUUGGGCAGUGGAACUUAGUCAAAUAUUUUCUAACUGAAAUGUUAUUUUAUAGUGAUCUGAAUAGUAAUUCUCAAUACAAUGCAAUCGCAACCAUUA